UUUCCCAAUUCAUGUUGGUUAAUCUAAGUUGGGCUUGUUGACGUUAACUGGUUUGUUCUAAAUUGUUGAAAUUAUUUUUUAUUUUGAAGAGGACUCUGACGAUUUGGGUCAAUGGGUCUUUCUCAUUUUUUGUUGCUUCUCUAAUCUGGGUUUUUUGAUGUUGAUUUGUUUGUUGUAGGUACUCAGAAUUGUUGGGUGUUUGAUUGUUUUGGCUCUCUUCUUGCUUUUGUUAGUGUAAAGUCGCUCAUUCUAGAUUUUGUGGGAAUUAUUUUUAUGUUGAUGAUUCUAAGAAAGGUGGGUUUUUUGGGGCCUGGGUGAGGGAGAAAUUUGGUAGGAAAAAGCUACUUGUUCGAUUGAAUUUUAUUCUAUCUUAAAUCCUUAAAAAAUUGUUUGGCUCAGAGAAAUUUGUGACAUAUUCAAGCAUAAGUCAUGGAUUUUCACCAUACUUUUUAAGCAAUACCAUACUUGAACAAACCUUAACUCUCCCUACAAUGAAUGAUGAGUGACCAAUCUCAAAUAUAAAAUUUUGGGUAUGCUAUAGAAAACCCCCCUAAGGUUUUACAUGAGAGACUUUACCCCCCUCAUUUUCUUUAGUUAAAUAAUCAUUAAUUUUUUUUAAUCUAAUCAUCCAUUUGUAGAGCAUCGAGCGAAACAGAGAUAAGUUUCUGCUGAUAUUAUACCUAAUGAAAACUGCUGCAUGUUCACAUUCAUCGGUAUAUGUCUUUAGAAAUAUAUAUAUAUGGAAUGCUGUUAUGCACUAUGGAAUGAUAAAAGCACAACGUAUUAUACAAUAUAGACUGGUAUAUAGAUGUCUGGCAUUCUGACAAGCCCACAUCAAUUGCUGGAUUUAAAUUCAACUGCUAAAAUGUUGAUGUCGUGAUCCCUUCGGUUUCAUUUGAUUAGAGUUUCUUUUAGUUUAACACAUCAUCUAGCAUCAGCAGUUUUGAAUCUCGCAGAAGCUUUGUGAUGAAGUUAACGCAACAUUUGUUUGUUUUUUUAGGCAGGGAACUCUGUUGUGGAUGGCGUCUCAUCGUCCCUGUAAGAUUAAAAUGCAGGAGCUGUAUAAGAAGUCAGGAAAAAAAAUGAAAGCUUUGCAUAACGACACUUGCACAUUUGGAAAGAUUCAUUAAAAAAUUAAAUCCCUGAAUUAAAUAUUUAAAGAGGAAGCUUGGAUUAUUCAUAAAUGGGAACGCAUAGAAGCAACAUAGGUCUUUGACAUGAAUGACCUGUUAGGGUCUAUUUUGAAAUAAUAUAUUUUCUCAUUUCAGCUUUGAUAACAUCAUGAAACAAAUGCAAGGGUGGAAACUUCAUUGUUCCUAGAAAGAAUACAGUUAAAAGGAGUAAACAAAAGAAUAAUAUUUUUGUAGGCUAUGUAGGUUCCCUGAAUUCCAAGCUAUCAAAUGAGCAGAAAAAGAAGAAUAUUUCUGGCCGCGUCCGAAGUUUCCGAUAUAAAUACCAAUUUUCUUUAUUCUUCUAUAGCUUUAUAUAUGAUCUAAAAUUUUUGCUUCAGGUCCCGUGUGGGAAGUAUUUCAUUUGUGCUUUUGUUAAGAAGAGGGUAUCUUAUGUCGGAUACUUUGCAGAUUAAGGUAGUUUCUUAUUCUGUGAAAAGAUUUAAUUUUUAAGAUUUUCAUGUGCCAAAGGUGUAAGGCAAAGGGAGUCCACAUUUUUCAGUCUGAGCUAAAACUAGUACACAUUUCAUAAUUCUACUUGAUUUUGAGCUGUUAGGCUUGUUGUGAGUACUUAGUUGCGCUUUUGGUGUAAUGGAAAGAAGUAUUAGCUUUCAGUUGGGGGUGAUAGAAAGACAGUCAUCUCUGCGGACAAGGGUAGUGGAUCAGAGAAGUUCUACCACGGGACUGAUAGAGAACGAACAGGGCCUUCAAGAGAAAAAGAUAGAAAAAGUUUCUGGGAGGCGAGGUGAAACACCACUUCAUUUAGCUGUUAAUACGGGCAGUCUACCAAAAGUUGAGGAAAUCCUGCUGGGUCUUAAGGCUAAUGGUUUAAUGGAGAAGAUUUGGGAGGAAAACAACGAGGGACAAACUGCACUCUGUGUUGCUGCCAAAAAUGGUAACGUUGAGAUUGUUCGGGAGAUCUUGAAGGCCGUUUGCAUGCAAUCAGCUGAUCCUGAUAGAAGCUGCGGUGCAUUUCAUGUUGCUGCUAAGCUAGGACAUGCGGAGGUGUUGAAAGCGCUACUGUAUUCGUUCCCAGAACUAGUUACUACUACAAAUCUAUCAAACACCACAGCUCUAUAUACCGCUGCUUCUCAAGGCCACAUCGAAGUAGUAGAUCUUCUCCUUGAAGCAGAUGUAGCUGUUGCAAGAAUUGUGAGGAACAAUGGCAAAACUGCUCUCCAUAUAGCAGCAAGGAUGGAUCACCAAGAAGUUGUAAAAUUGCUUCUCUCAAAGGACCCUGUCAUUGUUUUGAUGACGGAUAGAAAGGGCCAAACGGCACUUCACAUGGCAGGCAAAGGACAAAGUGCUGAGAUAGUUAGAGAGUUGCUGGGAAAUGCCCCUUUCAUCAUUAACCUCGCUGAUAAUAAGGGGAACACAGCAUUGCAUAUUGCAACCAGGAAAGGGCGUUCACAGAUAGUACAGGCACUUUUGUCCUUUCCAGGGAUUGAUAUCAAUGCAUCGAACAAAGCUGGGGAAACGGCACUUCAAAUUGCUGAAAAGUACUUCAAUGAAGAAAUUGCCACUGUUCUCAGAGAAACCGGAGGCUGCACAAUCUCAAGAAAGGAAGAAAUAGAAGAGAUAGAAGAAGUCCAGGUAGAAGAAGUCCUUCCUCUCCCCCCGAGCACUCCAAACCAACUGAAGCAAGCAGUUAGCUUCCUGAGACAAGAAGUUAAACUCCAACUCCAAAAGUCUCGAAGGACUCAAAUGGGGGUUGACGAACUCAAAAAAAAAGUUGGAAAGAUGAUCAAGAAUGGCCUCGACAAAGCCAAUAACUCCAAUAUCGUGGUUGCAACUCUCAUCUUCUCUUCAGCGUUUGCUGCCAUCUUCCAGGUCCCAGGGCAGUACACGAGUUCUGAUGGAGAUGGCUACUCCCUCGGUUGUGGCUCAGACAUCGCUCAUAGUGGUGGAUCCGAAAGCAAUGAAGUGGAUGGUCUUUGUGAUCAACAAACUUAUGUGGGCAUGUUGCAUCUCGAUUACUGUGGCCUUUGUGUCUCUCUCAUAUGUGGUUAUAAGACGGGAAGAGUGGUGGUUAGCUUGGUCUGCUCUGUUGAUGGCAAUAGUGACCCUGAUCUCAACAUUGACAAUCAUGUUCUACUGUGUCAUCACCCAUAG